AUGGCUAUUCUCCCCAGUGAUCGUGAUCAAACCACAACUCAGCCCAUAUUAUGCAACACCAGCAACGGGCAACCUACGUUCAGUGUUCCAGAACUCCUGCAUACAUUUGAUGCCUUGAUUGUCCAGAGCCGCAGCGAGAUAGAUGAGUACCUUUCUCGCCAUCCAAAGCUGGCAUCAAACAUCCGAUCUCUCCAGUCGAUAUCUGCUGCUACGAUAUCUAAUGACCUACCCACACCGCCGCCAGAGAGCCCACCGCCGGAGAAGGUAGGUGCUGCUGAUUGUCGGACGUGUGUCAGCGACGACGCGGGCCCGAAAACAAACAUCCAGCCUCUACCUGGUCGCUCCGAAUACAGGACGCUUCGACCCCUCCCCUCCGAGACACCAAACCCAUCAGUUGCAGAUCCCGUAAGCCAUGAUGACUCUCGUAAGUCCCUCCGGAAGAAUGGAGACGUCAAUGCAGAAGUCAGGCUGGAAAAGACAAAACGUAGCUACGCCCAACUUUCAGAUGAUGGACUCAAGCGCGACUAUAUAUUAGCCAAAGCCGCCGCCGAUGUGGUCGCCAACGAACUCACGGCGCCGGAUACAUUGAUAGAACUCCGAGAAGUCAUACUUCAAGAGCGGAACCCACAGCAUCCAAACUUGAAGAAAGAUAUCGAAGACCUCUCAUUUCUCAUGUGGCAUUUGCUUACUUACGGUGUAUUGCCAACACAAAAGCUUCUAUUGGAGACACUUGGUGAGCUUGAGAUCAGGGAAAUGAGCCAAAAGAACUAUCGGGAGCUCCUAACCUUUGUCGACUCCCCCGUACGUGCAGAUGUGAAUGGUGCCUUGGAGUGGCCGAAUCCUCCACAUGGCAAUGACGACUUCAGCGAAGACCCCGCCAUGCUACUACAAACUGCAGAACAAAGUGCUGCCGAGCAACAGUCGGCCGUAGCGGGCUCGGACUCAAUGAGACUGCUUGACGAGCUUAUGGAAGAAUGCAUUGAUCCGGCUGUGCUGGGGCCAAAUGCUGCUAUUCCGUAUGUAGGAGCCAAGAUGUAA